GAUUUCUACUUUCACUACCACUCGUACACGCUACAAGAUGAGCUCUUCGGAGGGGGAAAGCUUCGGGGUGAUGGACAUCACGGAUAGCGAGUCUGAUUUUUACGAGAUUCCACCAAAGAAGUCCACCAAGGCCAAAGCAUCGACUGUCCCAAAAGCAAAGGCAUCAAAGUCUCAAGCCGCAGGAAAGGCUAAGGCCCCUACAAAGAAGAAGGUCCUUGCCGACCACAAUGACAACGCAGAGAAAGACGCUACGGACGAAGACGAGAGGAUGGAAAUGGAUGAUGAUGUUCCAGAAAUGCAAUCGACGGACGCUCCCGCUCGAAAGAAGAAAAGUGUCUCUGAUACCUUCCAGAAGCUCACACAACUGGAACAUAUAUUGAAACGACCGGAUUCUUACAUUGGAAGCGUUGAGCACAUCACACAGGCGAUGUGGACUUAUGAUGUGAACACGAAGCGGAUGGUCCAUCGCGACGUCAGAUACGUUCCAGGUUUCUUUAAGAUUGUUGAUGAGAUACUGGUGAAUGCCGCCGAUAAUAAGAUUAAUGACCCGAAUAUGGAUACCCUCAAAAUAAAUAUCGACGUAGAGGAAGGCACCAUUUCGGUGUACAACAAUGGAAAGGGAAUUCCUAUCGAAAUACAUUCGCGUGAAAAGAUAUAUAUCCCGGAAUUGGUUUUCGGUCAUCUUCUGUCCGGUUCCAACUACGACGAUGACGAAAAAAAGCUUACGGGUGGUCGAAAUGGUUAUGGUGCUAAACUUGCCAACAUCUACUCCCAUGAAUUCACUAUUGAAACUGCCGAUAAGUCAACGUCUCAGAAGUACAAACAGACAUGGACGGAGAAUAUGAGCAAGUGCGGGAAGGCGAAGAUCACCAAGAACGGGAAAGGCGAGGAAUUUACACGCGUCACGUUUCGCCCCGACCUCCAACGGUUCGGAAUGGAUUCCAUUGACGAAGAUACGGCUGGACUUCUUCGACGACGCGUCUACGACAUGGCUGGUACAGUCAAGGACGUAAAAGUCUUCUUGAACGAUGAGAAACUGAAGAUCAAGAACUUCAAGUCAUAUGUCGACCUGUAUCUAAACUCUGCGACGGCUGAGGCCGCUGAACACUCUGGUGGUGCUGCUCAAAACAAGCCCACUGUCAUUUACGAGCAGAUCAGUUCACGUUGGGAAGUGGCAUUCGCUGUUUCCGACGGUAAUUUCAUGCAAGUAUCCUUUGCUAACUCCAUCUCCACUUCCAAAGGUGGAACCCAUGUCAACCUCAUCGCCGACCAGAUUGCGAAGAACCUUAUCACUGCAAUUGGGAAGAAGAACAAGGCAGCUACCGUCAAAGCUGGCCAGAUCAAGAACCAUAUGUGGGUAUUCAUCAAUGCCCUCAUUGAGAACCCGACUUUCGAUAGUCAAACGAAGGAAACGUUGACACUUCCAUCAUCGAAAUUCGGAACGAGGCCAGUUUUAUCAGAGGAAUUCAUGAAGAAAGUCCAGAAAUCUCCUAUCGUGGACAACAUCUUAAAUUGGGCCAAGUUCAAAGCUGACCAGCAAAUCAAGAAAACCGAUGGAAGCAAGCGUAGUCGGUUGACUGGUUUACCAAAACUGUCCGAUGCAAACAACGCUGGAACAAAGAAUGCAAAGGAUUGCACAUUGAUUCUUACAGAAGGAGAUUCCGCCAAAGCACUUGCGAUUGCUGGUCUCGGAGUGGUAGGGCGUAACAAUUUUGGCGUCUUUCCCCUCCGAGGUAAGUUGCUGAACGUACGUGAAGCCCGGCACGAUCAAAUCAUGAAGAACGAGGAAAUUCAGAACAUCAAGAAGAUUAUGGGAUUGCAGCAUAACAAGGACUAUUCAAAUGUCUCAAGCUUGCGAUACGGACGCUUAAUGAUCAUGACUGAUCAGGAUCACGACGGAUCUCAUAUCAAAGGGCUUUUAAUCAAUUUCAUCGACCACUUUUAUCCGUCACUACUUAAAAUACCCGACUUCCUCGUUGAGUUCGUCACGCCGAUUAUUCGGGCCUCUAAAGGAAAACAACAUCGGGAUUUCUUCACAAUCCCUGAGUACGAGCAAUGGGCACAAGAAGUACCUGGUGCAGACAAGUGGGACACGAAGUACUUCAAGGUUGGCAUUUUCGUCACGACGUUUGUCCUUGUGCUCACAGUUAUGAAGGGUCUGGGUACCAGUACCGAUGCCGAUGCUCGUGGUUAUUUCAGCAAUAUGGCGAAACAUGUAAUUCCUUUUGCCCCGACGCAGGAAGGGGACCGAGAAUUGAUAGAACUGGCGUUCAGUAAGAAGAAGGCUGAUGACCGGAAAGAAUGGCUUCGGCAGUUCAAGCCUGGAACCUUCUUAGAUCACGAGCUCCACGAGAUUCCGUAUUCUGACUUUGUGAACAAGGAACUUAUACUGUUCUCCAUGGCUGAUAACAUUCGGUCUAUACCAUCCGUCGCCGAUGGUUUGAAGCCUGGGCAGCGAAAAGUUGUCUGGGCUUGCUUCAAGAGAAAUCUCAAGAAGGAGAUCAAGGUUGUACAACUAGUUGGUUAUGUCUCCGAACAUGCGGCAUACCACCAUGGUGAUAUGAGCUUGACUCAGACCAUUGUCGCUCUCGCCCAGGACUUUGUAGGAAGCAAUAAUUUGAACCUUAUGAAUCCGAGUGGUCAGUUCGGAACCAGAGAUCAGGGCGGUAAGGACCAUGCCUCCGGCAGGUACAUCAACACCUUGCCAAUGCCUAUCGCACGCAGUAUUUUCCAUGCCGAUGACGACGCCCUGCUGAACGCUCAGUUCGAAGACAACUCACAAAUUGAGCCCGAGUUCUAUAUGCCGGUUGUGCCUAUGGUCCUCAUCAAUGGUGCCGAGGGUAUUGGGACUGGCUGGAGUACGAACAUCCCCGGCUUUAACCCGGUCGAGAUAGUUGCUAACAUACGUCGGCUCCAAAAUGGCGAAGAGCUCGUUCCUAUGCAUCCAUGGUGGCGAGGAUUCAAGGGCGAAAUCAAACAGACGUCGAAAAACAAAUACGACGUUUCCGGAAUUGUGACUAAACUUGAUGAAACCACGGUCGAAAUAACCGAGCUCCCGAUUCAUAAAUGGACGCAAAACUUCAAGGCUGAGCUUGAGACAAUGAUGGUUGGCGAGAAAGGUGAAGGUUCGGUCAAGAAUUAUCAAGAACAUCACGCAAACGAGAAUGUUCAUUUCAUUAUCCAGAUGGACGCCAAAGAGCUCGUGAAAGCUGAGGAGAAGGGUCUCCCGGAGUACUUCAAACUCAUCUCCAAGAUCUCGACAAGUAACAUGAUUUGCUUCGACCUUGACGGUAAGAUUCGCAAGUACGACUCCCCAGAAGCGAUAUUAGAGGAGUUCUACCCCGUUCGGUUGUCCUAUUACCAGAAGCGCAAGGAUUAUCUGUCUGGAGAGAUGACAAGAGUUUUGGAUCGCCUCAAUAGUCAAGCUCGGUUCAUCCAGAUGAUUGUCGAUAAACAGCUCAUUGUUGCCGCACGAAAGAAGGUCGACAUCAUCGCUAAUUUGAAGGAACUCAAAUUUCCUGCAUUCCCUAAGAAGAGCAAGGCGAAUGCAAGUGCAGAUGAGAUAGACGCCGAGGCUGAAGACGAGGACAAGGGAUCCAAUAGCGAUUAUGAUUAUCUGCUGAACAUGCCUAUCUACAGUCUGACGAAAGAGAAGAUCGAGAAACUUCGUAAGCAAGCCGCCGAUCAGGAAGCAGAGAUCAUGGUACUCCUCAAAAAAUCGCCGAAAGAUAUCUGGAAUGAGGACUUGGAGAAGUUUUUGGAUGAAUGGCGCAAAACCGAAGACGAGUUUCAACAAAAGAUGGCCGCCAGUACUGCUGCUGUCAAAAAAGGCAAACGGAAACAAGCUGUGCUCCAAACUCGGAAGUCCCUCGGUGGAGGAGGCAAUCGAGGUAACAACGACUCUGAUGACGAUUUCCAGCCCGUCAAAGCAGCGGCUAAGAAAAGAGCACCCGCUGUGCCAGCCUCUUCGAAGACCACCAAGGCUAAAACGAAGAAAGAGAAUAGUGACGAUGAAGAGGAUGCCAGCGAGCUUCCCAAAAAACCUGCAACCAAGAAAGCUGUUGCCAGACCAAAGAUAGAAUCUGACUCGGACGUCGAGAUAGCCGAAAUUCGGAAUGCAGCUCGCAAUAAAGGGAAAGCAAAAGCAGCCCCGAAACGAAAAAGUCCAGACAUCGAUGAUGAUGAGGAGGAGGAGGAGGAGAUCGUACAUCCGCCCAAGAAGAAAAAAAUACAGGAAUAUUUCUCUGGGAAGACCUCGUCGAACACUGUAACCGGCGAGUCUUCCAAUGGCUCGCCUCCUGCAGCAAAGACGAACCCGAAUCCUGCUCAGGCGCGGAAGGUAUCUAAGAGCAUGAAACCCGCUUCUCCGCCCAAACCAAAGAAGGCUCGACCAGCAGUCAUCAAAUCAGACUCAGAAGAUGACAUGGACCUCUACGACGAUUUACCCAAACCUCCGCCUCGCGCAGCGUCCUCGCGAGCAGCUCGAGGAAAGGCCAAGGCUUAUAUUGAUAUCGCAUCUGACGACGACGAGGGCGAUGGUUCCUUGUUUGUUGACGAUGAUUGAACCUUAAGGUCCACUUAAGUUAUAUUGUAAAGUUACUCUCUCUUACCCCUAUACAUAGCAAAUUAUCGGAUUCCCUGUAUGUAUCAUCUGUUUACACAAAGUCAUAUAUAUAUGCGAUAUGAAGUAACUAUACAUACAGACUAAUUAUACUUACC